GUUGUAGUUGAUCAGCGUCCACUAAAGUGGUUUAGCUCAUUUAAGAGACAGAAGACAAAAAUGCCAAUGGUCAAAUGUCCGAAGAGCAGUUUCUGACCUGCUGAGUCACACAAGGGUCAAUAAUUGGCCUAUCCUUUUCAUUAUCUUUAUCCAUGACCUUCCGAAUUGUCUAAUAAACUUCCCAUCCUAGUACCGGUGUCAGUGUUUUCAUACUGCAUAAUAUCUGGUAGAAACUCAUGCUUAAGCUGAGGUAGUCAGAAUUAAGUUGCCAUAGAUAAUUAUUUGCGUGAAUUCGUAUGUCCUUAGAAAUUUUUUACUGAGGCGGGUUGGAAGUGUUGGGUGACCUGUGAUUAACCAAUUUAGAAUUCAAGCUUCAACUGCAGUGGCAUCGCAUUCUGGCAUUUUUUAAGCAUCUUGUCCAUUAUUUCCCCUAUAUUACGGCCAUAUUCCUUUUAAACUCCUUCGCUUUUCUCUUCCAGAAGAUUCAUACCUUGGAGAACUGCCGCUACUCUACCCAGUAAAAAACUUUAUUUGAUUUUUCUUUGGUUUCUUUUCGCAAUAUCGACUUCAUGGUUCUAUAUUCAAUCUAAUGUCAAGCCUGAAGCAACAAGUUCAACAAGAUCAUUUUCAACUAGCUCAUAUCAACUACAUAGUUGAUGUUCCAUUUGUUGGAGCGAUCGAAGUUCACCACUGGCGUGAAGUGUGUGUAAAGUCCAUCAGCAGCCUGGUACAAUUCCCUCAAUAUCCGCUGUAUCCAAAUCUCCAACAAACAGUCACCUUAUCAGAAACAUUCUCUUUAAGAUUUAAGGGGAAAAACUCUGGGCAUAGAGUGUCCGGACACAUAAUUCCCUUGUCCAAUGGAUUUUACAGAUUUGGCGUCGAAUCAAUAGCACCAUGGCAGUUAUGGAUCGGUACGAGCGAAAACCCCAAAUCCUCACGAAAAGUUUCAGAAAAGACAACUACCACUAGAGAAUUACAAAUAACCGACGAGAUGCUUCUGGCUGGUGGGAAAAAAUACUAUUAUGAGAUUCUUCACGUCAUGGGCGACGUUAUUCAAAAUGAUACCCUUUCCCUGAAAUGUUAUGUUAUCGGAUUAAAAUAUAUUAAGCCGAUAUUGAUUCUACCACCAAUGAUCAGAGAUCCAGCCGUGGUGAAGGAAUUUCUAAACUCUUCCCCAACGUCAGACCUUACACCAACAGAAGAGCUUCUCGGAAAUCCAAACAACACAAAGUCUGCUUUAAACUAUACGGUAGAUCUGGAACAUUUAGAUAGUAUUGCUCUGGAAACUGUGUUUAGCAAUUGCUCGUAUUACCCGAGUUAUCAACAAAAAAGAGAUUAUAAAAAGUAUGAAGGGGCUACAAGAGGGACAUACUUUACGAAAACCUACCCCAAGGACGGUAGCUGGAUAAGUGAUUGUCCAGCCUGGCGAGGUAGUUACUGUUUGGGUAAUGAUGUGAUAGACCAACGAGUAGUUGAUGAAAUCAUUGAAAUGUUCAUGAAGUCGCUGGAGAAGGCAUAUCCCAGCAAGUAUUCAUUGGAGAAAAUUAUUGGCAUUGAAGAAAAAGAGGACAAGCAACGUGGAAGUCGCUACCUUUUAGAACUAGUUCUAAUAGAUAACCCGACGAAAUCAAAACUCCGAGUACUCAAUUACUUUUUCAAGUUUAAGAACAAAAGCACACUGUGCAUACCUGCUCGCUUGGCUCUCAGAAUGGACACCGUUAUCAACAUCGUCCUUACGGUCAGCGCGCAGAAAGUGUGGAUUCUACAUUUUAUUCGUGAUCUUGCGCAAGUGAUUAGAGACUCGAAUGAUCAAAAUGUAAACGUUAUAAUAGCAUAUUAUGGAAAUGAUCCUGCAAGCUUGGAAUAUGAACUGAAGAAAAAAGAUAUAAAGAACUUUACGGUUAUCCCUCUGACCGGCCGCUUCCAGAAAACGUAUGCCAUACAGAAAGCAGUGAGUUCCGUCCGGGAUAAGGAUUCCAUUGUUUUUCUACUGGAUCUCCAUCUGCGCAUGCCAAGUAACAUUCUAGAGAGCGUAAGAAAGCACACGAUCCAGGGAGUCUUGGCUUACUCCCCUAUCGUCUUCCGGCUGUCAGAAUGCGCGGGACCUGGUACGAGGGAACAUCCAAGUAAAGGAUUUUUUCAAAAAGAUGGCUUUGGAAUAUUUAGUAUCUACAAGUCAGACUGGGAUGCGUUCGGUGGAAUGAAUGUGAAGGAUUUCAAACACUCAUGGGGUGGGGAGGACUGGGAUAUGGCGGACCGUGUGUUAAACAGCGGCAUUGAGAUCGAGAGACUCAUGUUGCCUGGAUUUUAUCACUUCUACCACACCCACUCAGGCAUGUGGGACCAACCGUAGGAAGUGUUCAUUAAAUACCCUUGGGGGGGGGGAUUUAUCUGUAUUUUAUUUUAUAAGUCAAUUUUAGUUAGAAUGUAAGAGAGAGAGUUAGGCCUAGAUACAUUAGGCCGGGAUUUUGUGUUUAUUUUUAGAAUCUGACAUUCCGAGGAAAUGCCACCUUUUU